AUGAAGCUGCUCGCGCACACGGCCAAGACCUACAGGAAGUGGUUGCCGAACGUGCGCUUGGUGCUGUCCGUGCUGGACGAGCCCUACCUGGAGCGGCAGCGCCAGCCGCCCCUUCCGCUACUGUCCUUUAUGACGUCGCGAGGCCACUGGGACAUCCCCGUGCCCAGCCACGCCUACUUCGAGACCUCGGGGGGCAUCUCGUCCAACAAGGUGAAGCAGGAUUUCGCAGUCUGGGAGAGCCCAGACUGGCAGAGGCGCACCGCGGCGGCGCACCCGUGGGAGGGCCGCGGCGGGCGGGCAUUCUUCCGCGGGCACGACUGGGACUCGUCGAACUCGUUCACCGAGCUCCUCCCGACGCGCCCCGAGGAGGACUGCCUGGAGAGGAGCCCGUGGGGCGACUCCACCUCGCGGCCCUUCGGGUACCGCCGCUGGCUCGCCUCGCAGAGCGAGCCCGGGGAGCCCCUGGCUGGGGAGCUGGACGUGGGCCUCACGGGCGCGCCCUCCUUCGUGGAGGCCCAGCACCCCGGCCGCAAGUACGCCGCGCCGGUGCCGAUGGAGGACCCCAAAGGGGACCAUGCCCGGCACAAGUACCUCCUCCAUCUGGACGGCACCACGGCGAGCAACCGCCUGCUGAAGCUGCUGAUGCUGGGGUCGGUGGUGCUGAAGCAGGACUCGGUCUACCAGGAGUGGUUCUACCGCCACCUGCAGCCCGGCGUCCAUUUCGUGGCCUUCGAGAGGAACCGGUGCAGCGCCAGGAACCUCACCGACACGCUGGCGUGGCUCAGGCAGAACGACGCGGCAGCGCGCCCAUCGCGGCGGAGGGCCAGCGGGUGGCGAGCACGCUGUUCUCGACCGGCGCCGCGGCCUGCUAUUGGCAGAGGCUGCUGGCCGUCUACGGCUCCCUGCAGGCCUUCGACCCCCGCACGGCUGUGCGCCUCUCCGACUACACCCAGUUCAAGGGGCAGUAGCCGCACGAGAGGCGCACGCACGAGUUGUGGGCCCGACUUCGGGAUCGCGCCGGGCUAAGAUCGAAGGCGAGAACACGGCACGAACACGGCAGAGCAGCGCUGGGCCUGAGAGGAGGAGGAGGAGGAGGAGGUGAGAUCGCUUGUCGGAGCUCCGCGCGGAUUCUCUGGAUCCGCGCCGAGCAUCCCGUGGCGAGGCGCUCCGCGCGCCAGGGUGGCGGAGCGCCGACCCAGGCGGCCCGCGCGGACGCGGGGGGCCGGCGCCGACCCAGGCUGUCCUCGCGGGCCUCCAGAAGUGUAUGCUCGUGCAGCGUUCUCUUCCCCUGUGAGCUCCUCGCAGGCAUCUCAAGCAGUGGCGA